AGUUUAACCACUGGGAGGAAGAGGACAGAGUUUUAGUUUCCUGGCUUUUGAAUGGUAUAGUGUGUGCGAUUGCUUCUCAGCCUAGUGCGGAGGAGACGCUGCUGUGGUCGGCAUGGUUUCAGCUGGAGAUGGACAGAGUGUCCAGAUGGACUCCAUUAAGUCAGGCUUCGUGGGCUCCCAGGUGGAGCUGCGUUGUAUCUUCGUUAAUUCCAACCCUCCAGUCAAGAUCUCUCAGGUGACGUGGCAGAAGUUCCUGAACGGCACCAAACAGAACGUGGCCAUCGCCAACCCGUCGCUGGGGGUGUCCGUGCUCCCGCCCUUCAAGGAGAGGGUGACCUUCAAGCAGGCCGCGGUCCGCCACCGUACUCCGUCUCUGGAGGACACCACCAUCAUGUUCUCCAACCUGAGGCUGUCUGAUGAGGCCGCAUACAUCUGCGAGUACACCACCUUCCCUGCUGGGAACCGAGAGAACAUGGUCAACCUCACCGUGUUUGCGCGACCUCUGACCCGAAUGACCUUGACCACGCCUACCAUCGUGGCCCGCCCCCAGAAGCGUAAGAUGACUGUGGCGACAUGCCUCUCGGCCAAUGGGAAGCCUCAGAGCGUGAUCAAGUGGGACACGAGGCUGAAGGGUGAGGCCACGUUCCAGGAGACGCAGAACAGCAACGGCACGGUGACCGUCCGCAGUAACUAUGUGGUCGUGCCGAGCAGAGAGACACACAAACAGAAACUCACCUGCAUCGUAACCUACCGAAACGAGAGGAUUACCGACAGUGUCGUGCUCAACGUGCAGUAUGAACCGGAGGUGAAGAUCGAGGGCUUUGAUGGUAACUGGUACCUGAACCGUCAGGACGUAAGCCUCACCUGCAACACUGACGCUAACCCCCCUGUCACCGUCUACCAGUGGAAACUGUUGAAUGGAUCUCUUCCCAGCACCGUGGAGAUUCGUAACAACUCUCUAAUCUUCAAGGGGGCGGUGACCUACGAGCUUGCUGGAACAUACGUGUGUGAUGCCACCAAUGGGAUCGGGACUCGUACAGGUCUGGUGGAGGUUAACGUCACUGAAUUCCCUAACAACCCGCCACCUGGGGGCCGUGAGAUCCCGCAGGAGCAGCACAAUGCGGGUGCCGUCAUCGGGGGCGCCGUGGGCGGGGUCGUCCUGUUAGCGGCGGCCGCCACCCUGCUCUUUGUGUUCCUGCGCCGCCGCCAGCGCACCUUCAAGGGCGACUACAGCACCAAGAAACAGGUGUUUGGGAACGGCUACAGCAAGGCCGGGGGCCUGCCAGCCCACCCUCCCAUCCCCAACAACCUGCAGUACCCAGACGACUCAGAUGACGAGAAGAAGCCUACCCAGAUCGCUGUGACCGGAGGGUUCGAGGCGAGCGAGCGUGAUUUUGACGGAGACGCGGAGGACUUGAAGAGGCCCUAUUUCACAGUGGACGAAGGAGAGAGUCAAGAUUUUGAUGAACGGACUCUCGCUUUCCAGUACAACCCCGGGCCGGAUAUAGCCGAUGAUAUGGUGUCCCAAACCGAUGGCUCUGUCAUUUCAAAGAAAGAGUGGUAUGUGUAGGGGCAACAAGCAACCAAACCAACCAACCAAGCUCCCGUCCCACCCACCUACCAUCGCACUAGCACCACCACCACCACCACUACCAUCACUACUACCACCACACCACCACUACCAUCACUACUACCACCACCACCACCCCUACUUCCACCACCACCACCCCUACUUCCACCACCACCACUACUACCACUAAUACCACCACACCACACCACCACCACCCCUACUUCCACCACCACCACCACCCCUACUUCCACCACCACCACCCCUACUUCCACCACCACCACCCCUACUUCCACCACCACCACCCCUACUUCCACCACCACCACCACUACCACCACUACUACCACCACUACUACCCCCACUAUUACCACCACACCACCACCACCACCCCUACUUCCACCAUUAGCACCACUACUACCACCCCUACUUCCACCACCACCACUACUACCACUAAUACCACCCCCUACUACCACCACACCACCACUACCACCACCACCACUACCACCACUAAUACCACCACCACUACUACCACCACACCACCACCACUACCACCACACCACCACCACCCCCAAUUCAACUACUACCACCCCUACUUCCACCACCACCACUACCAGCACACCACCACUAAUACUACUACCACCACCACAACUACCACCACCACCCCUACCUCCACCACCACCACUACUACCACCACCACAACUACCACCACCACCCCUACUUCCACCACCACCACUACCACUACCACCACCACUACUACCACCACCACAACUACCACCACCACUACUACCCCCACCACCACUACCACCAAUACUACCCCUACCACCACCACUACUACCGCCACUACCACCAGCACCACUACCACCACUACUACCACCACUACUACCACCACCACUACCACCACCACCCCUACCACCACUACUACAACCACCACCCCUACAACCACCACCACUACUACCACCACAACACCUCACCCCAUCCCUCCCUCCACCUCAUCCCUCAGCAGUUCUGUGUAGUACCACCCCAACCCCCCAGCCCAUCACCACUACUACCACUACUACCACCCCAACCCCCCAGCCCAUCACCACCCAGUGAGCUAAUUCCACUUUAGAAAAUGCAACAUCAAGUCCUAAAGAGCUCUACUGCCACUUCUACCACCACCACUACUACCACCACCACCACUACCACCACUACCACCACCACCACUACCACUACCACCACCACCACCACCACCACUACUACCACUACUACUACCACUACUACCACCCCAACCCCCAGCCCAUCACCACUACUACCACUACUACCACCCCAACCCCCCGCCCAUCACCACUACUACCACUACUACCACCCCAACCCCCAGCCCAUCACCACUACUACCACUACUACCACCCCAACCCCCAGCCCAUCACCACUACUACCACUACUACCACCCCAACCCCCCAGCCCAUCACCACUACUACCACUACUACCACCCCAACCCCCCAGCCCAUCACCACUACUACCACUACUACCACUACUACCACCCCAUCAAGUCCUAAAGAGCUCAUCAUCAACAUGUCAAAUAUGACAUUACAUUGAAAUUCCAUGAAAUUAAACUGCAGAUAAUCCAAAACAUGGUUUGUCAUUGGACUCAACCACCAUUGACUACCAUUGGACUCAUGUUCAACCACCAUUGACUACCAUUGGACUCAUGUCCAACCACCAUUGACUACCAUUGGACUCAUGUCCAACCACCAUUGACUACCAUUGGACUCGUGUUCAACCACCAUUGACUACCAUUGGACUCAUGUUCAACCACCAUUGACUACCAUUGGACUCAUGUUCAACCACCAUUGACUACCAUUGGACUCAUGUUCAACCACCAUUGACUACCAUUGGACUCAUGUUCAACCACCAUUGACUACCAUUGGACUCAUGUCCAACCACCAUUGACUACCAUUGGACUCGUGUUCAACCACCAUUGACUACCAUUGGACUCGUGUUCAACCACCAUUGACUACCAUUGGACUCAUGUUCAACCACCAUUGACUACCAUUGGACUCAUGUUCAACCACCAUUGACUACCAUUGGACUCAUGUUCAACCACCAUUGACUACCAUUGGACUCGUGUUCAACCACCAUUGACUACCAUUGGACUCAUGUUCAACCACCAUUGACUACCAUUGGACUCAUGUUCAACCACCAUUGACUACCAUUGGACUCAUGUUCAACCACCAUUGACUACCAUUGGACUCAUGUUCAACCACCAUUGACUACCAUUGGACUCGUGUUCAACCACCAUUGACUACCAUUGGACUCAUGUUCAACCACCAUUGACUACCAUUGGACUCGUGUUCAACCACCAUUGACUACCAUUGGACUCGUGUUCAACCACCAUUGACUACCAUUGGACUCAUGUUCAACCACCAUUGACUACCAUUGGACUCAUGUUCUACCACCAUUGACUACCAUUGGACUCAUGCCCAACCACCAUUGACUACCAUUGGACUCAUGCCCAAACCACCAUUGACUACCAUUGGACUCAUGUUCAACCACCAUUGACUACCAUUGGACUCAUGUUCAACCACCAUUGACUACCAUUGGACUCGUGUUCAACCACCAUUGACUACCAUUGGACUCAUGUUCAACCACCAUUGACUACCAUUGGACUCAUGUUCAACCACCAUUGACUACCAUUGGACUCAUGUUCAACCACCAUUGACUACCAUUGGACUCGUGUUCAACCACCAUUGACUACCAUUGGACUCGUGUUCAACCACCAUUGACUACCAUUGGACUCGUGUUCAACCACCAUUGACUACCAUUGGACUCAUGUUUAACCACCAUUGACUACCAUUGGACUCAUGCCCAAACCACCAUUGACUACCAUUGGACUCAUGCCAAACCACCAUUGACUACCAUUGGACUCAUGUUCAACCACCAUUGACUUUUCAAGGCCAGACAGAAAGAUCUGGUCACUUGGAAAAUACAGGUGGAUUAUUGUUGUGUGUUUUUCCAUGAUAUUCUAAAUGUAUUACAUGUAUAGAGACUUGGGAGAGAUGAGGUAUUUGCUGAGCACAUUGUGAAAGUCCAACACUGGAUGUAUGAUACAUUGUUUUUUAUUAUUCUUCUCAUCACCAUUGCCUUUUCUGCGUUUUAAAAAAAAAAAUAUAUAACUUGUUUUUGUAUGUUAUGGGGUCAACUAGGGGUCAAAGGUUGUCUAGGGGGUAAAAUGUAAAUCUAUAGAUGGAGUUGUACAGAUGGUCUCUUAUUCAGUAUGACCAGCAACACUAGUAAAGACUGGUUCCGCCCAUGUAUUUCAGCAGAACACACCAUACUACAGAGUAUAGUAGUAGGGGAGACUGGGGUAAGUUGAGACAUUUUUGGUGCGUUCAGCAUCAUUCCGUCAAGGGAAAUAAAUGAUUAUUUCUAACGAAGAUAUCUACAUAUAUUUCAGGAUGUUUUGUAUCCUCUGUUAAUAAGUGGUUUCUCGGCACUACUUACUCCAGGUAUGAGGUAAGGUGAGCCGUCUUUCAAAUGUCUGUACCGAAAACCAAUACUUUUUCUACCAUGUCUAUCUUUAUUUCCCAAACACAAUUAUGCAAAAUCACAACGGUAUUUUAAUCAUUUUAAGCCUCUCUUAACAUAGGCCAGGCCCUGUUGUUACCUCAUAUGCCUUGCAUUAUGCCUGGUGAGAAAGCACUUCAAUUAGCUCUUACUUGCUAUUGGUUCAACCAUUGGCUCAAAGUACCCAAAGGCUAACAUGUUGACUUUAUUAGCCCAUACAGCUACAAGGAUGUACUUCCAUGCCAGGUUUAUAACCUCACAUUGAAGCUUUUAGAGGUCAGAACUGAUGUAUAAAACAAUCUUGAAAUGAUCUACUUUAAUUUAGAUACAAGCAUCAUGAAACCUCUUAACACAAUCAAUUCAUUUGACUUGGUGAAUACCAGUGUUUUGGGACUCGCUAACCACUCGCUAACUUGCUAACCACUUUUUCCAUGUGGUUUCUUCCUUCACGGUCUCCAUGAGAUGAUGACCCCUUCCCAGAUAUUUGGUCAAAUGAUUCAUUUUGUGUAUUGUUUCUUAGAAACAAGGGGGGGGGGGGCGGCUCAACUUUGGCUCAGGUUACCCCAUUCUCCCUUGACUGUGUGUUAGACUAUAUGAUGUAUUUUUUUGCCUCCUCGCAGACCUAACUAAAAAAAGACAUGUAUGGUUUUAGCUUCUCUCCAAAGACAUGUAUGUUUUGUUUUUUUUAUGUAAGAACUCUGUACUCUUCAGGGUAUCAUGAGGCGUGUGCACACUGCACUGAGAGCUCAGGCACAUGUCAACGCACCAAGCCAUGUGGACAUGGCAGUAAUACAUACAGGCCUAGAGGAGACGGCAGUAGAUAUAGAAGGAGAAUGCGUCACUACGUGCCCUACAUUCAGAUGCCGAGUUGUUUUAGUGGCCAUUUUAGUUUGGCAGCCAUUUUAGUUUGGCAGCCAUUUUAGUUUGUCAGCCAUUUUAGGUCCACUGAGAAAGCAGAGAGAGAGAGAGAGAAGGCAUAAAGGCUGAUGAACCACUUAAGUUGAUCCUACAUUCACGUCUUAAGGGUUGUCCAGUGUUUUCAACAGACAAGACAACGACAAAAAAAAUGACUUCAAUGAUGCUCUGAGAAAUUUCAUUCAAUAAUCUGUAUCUUGAAAGGGUCUACCUGUGUACCUGAACUCUUUACGUAAUUAAAAUGUGUAUUUGGGUUGUUUGA